GGCGCCCCGCCCCCGCCGGGCGCGCGCGCGCGUGUGCGCGUCCUGGGGUUGGGGCUCGUGCGGGUUGCGCGCCUGCUGCCCGGGGCCCGGUUGUUGCCCUGCGCCCCUCGCCCUGCCGGGCGUCGCGGGCCGACAUGGGCCAGGAAGACGAGCUACUGAAGAUCGCCAAAAAGCUGGAGAAGAUGGUAGCGAGGAAGAACACGGAAGCUGCCCUGGACCUUCUGAAGAAGCUGAACAGCUGUCAGAUGUCCAUCCAGCUGUUGCAGACCACCAGAAUCGGAGUGGCCGUUAAUGGGGUUCGCAAGCACUGCUCAGAUAAGGAGGUGGUGUCCUUGGCCAGAGUCCUCAUCAAAAACUGGAAGCGGCUUCUGGACUCUCCUGGAACUCCCAAGGGAGAAAAAGGAGAAGAAAGAGAAAAAGCAAAGAAGAAAGAGAAGGGGUUUGAAUGCUCCGAUUGGAAGCCAGAAACAGGCCUUUCUCCACCAAAGAAGAAACAAAGGGAAGAGCCCCAAGGCAGGAGAGACUCUGUGGAAUCCAAGUCUUCAGCCACCUCUUCUCCCAAGAGGCCGUCUGUGGAAAGAUCCAACAGCAGCACGUCGAAAGCAGAGACCCCCAAAACACCCAGCAGCCCGUUGACUCCCACGUUUGCCCCUUCGGUCUGCCUCCUGGCCCCCUGCUAUCUCACAGGGGACUCUGUCCGGGAUAAGUGUGUGGAGAUGUUGGCUGCAGCCCUGAAGGCGGAAGAUGAUUACAAGGACUAUGGAGCCAACUGUGACAAGUUGGCAUCCGACAUCGAAGAUCAUAUCUACCAGGAGCUCAAGAGCACCGACAUGAAGUACCGGAACAGAGUUCGCAGCCGCAUCAGCAAUCUCAAGGACCCCAGGAACCCGGGCCUGCGGCGGAAUGUGCUCAGCGGGGCCAUUUCUGCUGGACUCAUCGCCAAGAUGACCGCAGAGGAAAUGGCCAGUGAUGAGCUGAGGGAGCUGAGGAAUGCCAUGACCCAGGAGGCCAUCCGUGAGCAUCAGAUGGCCAAGACGGGCGGCACCACCACGGACCUGUUCCAGUGCAGCAAGUGCAAGAAGAAGAAUUGCACCUAUAAUCAAGUGCAGACACGCAGUGCUGACGAGCCCAUGACCACCUUUGUCUUAUGCAAUGAGUGCGGGAAUCGCUGGAAGUUCUGCUGAUAGACCCACCCUUGAGAUGGCAGCGAACAAGGCAAAAAGGAAUGUGAAGCAGCAAGUGCCAAUCCACCUGACCUGGAAAAACCAAAACAAAAAUACUGAAGAAAAAUACUGACCUCUGGAUGCAGCCGUAGGGAAUCAGGGGAAAUUCUUUUGCACAAUCAUUAAUAAUGGCCUGCUAACAACCAUGUGCAGUUAUGAAUCAGUGCUGACCCUCUUAUAGAAAGUCAGAGUAAACCCCUCUGUACAGUAUUUUCACAAUAAAAACAAAAAGUCAGAGAAUCAGAGCUGG